AUGAUACGCUGUGCCUUACUCACCCUGGCAUCGGUCAUGCUCAGAGUUGCCAAGCCCGAGUACUUUAGGUUGGGUGGGAAGCUUGGCCUUUCUAGCAGCCAGCUUGUAACCCUCCAUUGGUACCUCAAGUGGGCGCUGCCACUAUGGGCCGUACUAGACCUCAACUCGGUACUCAAUCGUUUUGCCGAAAGACGAUGGAUUUGGAAGACGGACAAGAGUAUUUGGGAUUGGAAGCGUGAAGUUGCUGUGGUGACAGGGGGCUCCGCUGGCAUUGGGGGUUGCGUGGUCAAGAAGCUCACCUCUCAUGGCAUCAGGGUCGCGGUUCUGGACGUUAGCCCUCUGUCAGAGAUCUUCACCAAAGAUGAGCUUGCCCUCGUACGAUACUACAAAUGUGACAUCACGUCGCGAGACAACAUCCACCAAGCGGCGGAAGCCAUACGAUCCGAUUUGGGUUCACCGACUAUCCUUAUCAACAACGCCGGCAUUGGUAACGCGUGGACCAUCAAGGAUAUCCCAGAACAGAAUCUGAACAAGAUGUUCGACAUCAACCUUCUGAGUCACUGGAGUACAGUCCAGGAGUUUCUGCCAGACAUGCUCGCUAAGAAAAAAGGCCACAUCAUGGGUGUCGCAAGUCUUGCUUCCUUUGUUGCUUUGGCCGGUGCCGUUGACUACAGCUGCACCAAGGCGGCGCUCCUGGCUUUCCACGAAGGACUGACGCAAGAGAUCAAGCAUCGUUACAAAUGCCCAUCAAUCCAGACCUCCAUCGUCCACCCAAAUUGGACCAAGUCUGCUAUAACGUCGCAUGAGGCCAUUGCGGCGGGGCUGAAAAACGUUCGCGCAAAAAUCCUACAACCAGAAGAUGUCGCCGAGGCCAUGGUGGACCAAAUUAUUCAAGUAAAGAGUGGACAGCUGAUUCUGGGCCCAGCGCUAUCUCCUAAAAUCAGGGCACUGCCUCUUUGGAUACAGGAGCUCAUUCGAGAUAGCCAAGCCUACGUCGUCACCGGCGACGGCUCGACAGCGAGUGGCUAG